AAAUUAAAUUACAGACAACAAAUGGGAUUUUCAUCUCUCCUUAACAAGUUAUUAUGGACUAUCGUAGUUGUCCUCAUAGCCUACAAUCUUCAAUUGUAUACGAAAAGUAGUUCUUCAGUUCGCUUUGAAAUAAAAGGAGAUGAAAUUACAAUGAUAAAUGAUGGCCAAUAAUUAAAAGACUCUCACAUUAAGUCGCUUUCUGAUGUACUCAAUAAAAAUCCCCAGACAACUAAAUUAAAUGCAUAAUUGUCAAUUAAUGCAUUUACUAAUUUUAGAGACUUCUUUAGUAGUUUGGAGAAAUUAAGCAACUUGAAUGAAUUAACAUUAUCUCUUGGAAACAACCCAAUUGUUGAUGAAUUAGAGUAAGCUAAAUCAUUAAGCCAAGCACUAGUUAAACUAACUAAAUUGCACUCCUUAAACUUAGGCAUAGAUUCUAUCUUCAAUAACUAAAGCAGGGAAAUCAUCUUAUCGGGAUUGAGCAAAGUUUCUGGAUUGACUUAAUUACGUGUCUCUCUCAUCAACAGUGAUUUAUCUGGAGAUGGAUUGAAAUCACUUUAUCCAUUGACAGAAUUGAGAAAUUUGAAGUCCUUGGAACUGUUGUUAGUUGGUAGUAAGUUGAAAGAAGAGGAAAUGAAACAUUUGUAAACUAUAUUACAUAAGCUACCUAAACUAAACAAAUUGAAUCUUAAUCUCUAUGCAAAUAAAAUAUAAAUUGAUGGAGCUAUCACCUUGAGUGGAGGCUUAUUUUAAUAAAGACAAUUGAAAGAAUUCGGAAUCGAUCUAUAUUUCAAUAACAUCACAGCAAAUGGAACAGAAAGUCUAAUGGGAGUAGUUGGUUCAAUGGAAAACUUGACCUCAUUAAAUUUAGGUUUGGAAUUCAAUUACAUAACCAAUGAGGGAGGUGUGUAAGUCGGAAAAGCAUUGUCCUAAUUCAAAAACUUGAAAGAUUUAUCAGUAAAUGCUGCCACAAAGAAUUUUGGUUGGGAUGGUUAUGAGGCUAUUGUUGGUGCAAUUGAGAAAUUACCACCUCUCGAUAAUCUAGAGUUGAUAAUUGGAAUCAAUAAGUGUGGAUUACCAGGAGCAGAAUUAUUAAAAAAAGCAUUAUUUAAACAUGAUAAACUAAAGUCCUUGAAAAUCAACUUUUUAGAAAACUACGUCGGUGAUGCAGGAGCUACAUUCAUUGCUGAAGGAAUUCAAUAUCAAAAGAAUUUAUAAGAAUUAAAAGUCAACAUGAACUUCAACUCAUUAUCAGAUAGAGGUGCCCUUGAAUUAGCCAGAGCUGUCAAAAAUGCCAAAUCACCAAAGGUUGUCGACUUUAGAGUAAGCUAAAAUUAAAUUACUGAUAAAGGUAUCAAAGACAUCUUUGUGCUCUUGGAACAAGCUCUUCCUAAGGUAAAUCAAAUGGAGGUGGAAUUGUUAAACACUGCACUUACAAAUGCCACAAGAGAUGAUAUAGAAUUGAAAUAUGGAAAAGUUGAAAAUUUGUAAAUUAGAUUAAACACAAUCCCACCAAGUAAUUGGGAAUGA